AACUGUAUAUUCUAUGGAGUGCACACAAUUGUAGUGUUUACCAUGUACAAUGGAACGUUAUGUUAUUAUGUAUGGAAUUCGCUACAUUUUUCAUAAGUAGAGAAAGUUGCGACUAAUUCUGUAAGAAAUCAGAAAGUUUCAUAGUCGUAUUUGUAUUCGAUUUCCAAAAGGAAGUGUUUUUAUAUUUGGAUUAUCAACCACAUUUCCGGUGGUUUCCAAGCUUCUACGUUUGGCUUCUGCGGCUUUUACUGUAGACGCUGUGUAUGACACACACAUACACGUGGAUAUUUAUGUCAUUCAGUCUGGACGAUCUUAUUUUCUUCAGCGAUAUGACAGUUACAGAAAUUUAAGUUCUAAGGAGUCGGAUUACUCUUCACGCUUUUUUAUAACAUAUAGUUUUCAGAGACUGUACUAGCAACACAACUUUAAAACUUAGAGAAACGCUUUUUGUUGAAAAACAAAGUUUCAAUUUAGAGCUUAGAACGAAAAGCUAAGCUGCUAUACCCAUUGCAAAUUGUGGCCAAACAUGGCUAUGCAUACCGUACCACCAAAGCGUAAGGAAAUCUACAAGUACGAAGCACCAUGGCCACUGUACAGUAUGAACUGGUCAGUGAGACCCGACAAAAGAUUUCGUCUGGCGCUGGGAAGCUUCGUAGAAGAGUACAACAAUAAAGUGCAGAUUGUUUCACUGGACGAAGAGACAUCCGAAUUCACUGCCAAAAGUACAUUUGAUCAUCCUUAUCCAACUACAAAAAUCAUGUGGAUACCAGACAGCAAAGGUCAAUUUCCCGAUCUUCUUGCUACGUCCGGCGAUUAUCUGAGGGUGUGGCGUGCGGCGGAACCUGAGACGCGUCUAGAAUGUGUCUUGAACAAUAACAAGAACUCGGACUUUUGCGCACCGCUCACGUCUUUCGACUGGAAUGAGGUGGAUCCGAAUUUAAUUGGCACUUCCAGCAUAGACACUACCUGCACAAUCUGGGGACUAGAGACUGGGCAUGUUCUUGGCAGAGUAAACAUGGUCACUGGUCAUGUGAAGACGCAGCUUAUCGCACACGACAAGGAAGUAUACGACAUCGCCUUCAGCCGCGCCGGCGGCGGUCGUGAUAUGUUCGCCUCUGUCGGAGCCGACGGAUCCGUGAGGAUGUUCGAUCUACGACAUUUGGAGCACUCGACCAUAAUUUACGAGGACCCGCAACACACGCCACUAUUGCGAUUGGCAUGGAACAAGCAAGAUCCCAAUUACCUCGCCACUGUGGCAAUGGACGCAUGCGAAGUCAUCAUUCUAGACGUUCGUGUGCCAUGCACGCCAGUCGCGAGAUUGAACAAUCACAGAGCUAGUGUUAAUGGGAUAGCUUGGGCCCCGCAUUCGUCCUGCCACAUUUGCACAGCGGGAGACGACCAUCAGGCUUUAAUCUGGGACAUACAACAAAUGCCAAGAGCCAUAGAAGAUCCUAUUCUCGCUUAUACCGCCGCGGAAGGCGAAGUCAAUCAAAUUCAGUGGGGUGCCACGCAGCCCGAUUGGAUAGCCAUUUGUUACAACAAAGCGGCCGAGAUUCUUCGAGUAUAAAUGUCUUCAAAAUACAUUUGUUUUAUCUCGAUAUUCGGGACUAGAAAUUCAAAUAGAUGCUCCUGGAGUAAGAUACUUUUUUUUUAUCAUCAAUAUAAGAGACACAUGUGUAUCUUAUCCUGGAAACAAUAAUUAUAAAACAUUUUUUUUAGUAUAUUUUGUAUUGUACAUAUGUUCAUAGAAAUAUUCUAAAAUUAAUAGUAUUAGGGAUCUCAAGAUUGUUUUAUAGUAUUAUUUUUUAAGAUUAUAGAUAUAUAAAUUAUAUUAAUUAAGCAUCAAUAAUUUUAAGUAUCAUUCUUAAAUCGUGUUAGAUACAGACAAGGAAAUAAUUUUAUGAUUAUCAUUAUAGCAAUCGGAUUGAAAUUUUAAAUUGUAAACAUUAAUUUUAAACAUUAAUUAGUUCAUAAAAUAUGCUCGUGUGAUCGACAUUUUUAGUAUGUAAUGUACAAAUUUUUACAUAGACGUAAAAAUUUUUGAUAUAUGAAGAUAUAAAUAUAUUACACAAUAAUUCGGAAAGAAUAUACCAUAUAUCAGUAUACUCUAUGAUUAUACUGUCAUUGAUAAGAAUAUUAAAUUCGCAAUUUAAUUUAUGUCAUAUAACAUUUCAUUGACAUGGUUUUAUAUGUAUUACGCAAAUAUUAAAGUUGAUAUUUAUGGGAGGUAUCAGUAAUUAGUAAAACUCACAAAGUAAAAGUCACAAGAAAAUAAUAUAUACUCGUAUAUUGUUAUGUGAGAUAUCGUAUGAUUUACAAAUAUUAAAUAUGAACGAAAUGCAGUUAUUUACAGCAAUGAGCUCUAUAUGCGUGUAUGUGUCCGUAAUUCAUUUAAUUAGUACAAAAUAAUCGUGCUAAAUUCAUUCCUUCAUUUUGAUAUCGUAGCUACAUUUAUAUCUAUACCAUCCUUUUUUAGUGUGCAAUCUCAAUAAAUAUCAUUAGCUCUGA